AUGGUCCGCCACAAGAAAGACUUCAAGCCCAACAACAAAUACUCCAACAAAGCGCCCAAAGCCCGCGGUCCACCUCGUCCUCGCCGCGACUCCGAAUCUGAAGGCGAGGAUGACGGGUCGAACUCCAGACCCGCGAAACCCGCAUACAAGGCUGCUUGCUGGGACCUCGGACACUGCGAUGCGAAGCGCUGUUCAGGAAAACGGCUCAUGCGCCUCGGCAUGAUGCGGGAACUACACGUCGGGCAGAAGUUCGCCGGCGUCGUUGUUUCGCCCAAGGCGAGGAAGAUCCUGAGCCGCGAGGACAAGGAGUUGAUGGAGCAGUAUGGCGCUGCGGUCGUGGAGGCGAGUUGGAAGCGUAUCGACGAAGUGCCCUUUGGCCGAAUCGGCGGGAAAUGCGAACGUCUGCUGCCAUACCUCGUUGCUGCGAAUCCGACCAAUUACGGCAAACCGUGGCGUUUGAACUGUGUCGAGGCACUGGCUGCUUGCUAUUAUAUCUGUGGACACGAUGAGUGGGCGGAGAGCAUUCUGAGUACUUUUUCGUAUGGUCGGGCGUUCUUGGAUAUCAACGCUGCGCUGCUGAAGAGGUAUGCGGCGUGUGAGAAUGAGGAGCAGAUCAAGAAGGCCGAGGAGGUUUGGCUGGAGAAGAUUGAGAAAGAGUACAAUGAGAGUCGGGAGGAGAAGGAGGGUGGUGCUGAAGAGGAUGACUGGGCAGGGGGGAAUAUGAACAGACGAAUUAUUGACGAAUCGGAUGAGGACGAGAAUGACGACGAUAACGAUGAAGAGGAUGAAGAAGAGGACAAGGUGGAUCCGCAGAACCCUUACAAUAUCCCCGAAUCUUCGGACGACGAGGAGGAGAUGGCGGAGCUGAGGAGACGCGUUCUGGCCUCGAAACCUUUCCAGAAUCCGACGCCUAUGCCCAAGGACGAAGACGAAGACGAAGAUGAAGACGACGAGAGUGGCGAUAAGAAAGUUCCUCAACGUAUACCCAGAACGGAGCCUGCGCCUGCGCAAGAUGAGGAUGAGAACGAGGAUGGCAGCGAUGCACCGGAGGAUGACGAGUUUGAUAGCUUCAUGGCUGCGCAGCCGACAACAGAUAGGACAGGCAUCACGAGCAAGCAGAGACUCAAGGCUAUGGAUGGCAAAACAAAAGCGACAUUCACCAGUGGCAGCGUAAAGGCUCCAUAUCGGCAGUAA